GUACGAGCCAAACUCGCGUCUUGCGGUAAAGCACAGCGAACACACCUUCUUUUUAGGCUACGAUAAUUUAUAUGCUAUUUAAGAUAGGCCUGAUGUGGUUAUUUAUUUUUUGAUUAAUAGUGAGACUUAUUGAAUAGCAACCGUCAUAAACCAAACCUGUGUGGUGCGCGCGUAUGAUCAGUAUUAUCGAGAUGGUAUGAACGUCACUCGGUCAAGGUCCACUCCCGAUGCGAGUACCAAGAUUGGAUUGCUUUCCUAUGGCCCGAGAAAAUCUGCCGCCAGCAUUUUGAUCAAAUUCAAACAAAUUCCAUUAUUAAAGGGAUAAUUUGGGAACCUGAUUAGUGUUCUAUUCUACAAAGGAAGCCCUCUGGCACUGGAAGGUGGCCACGCUGAAAAGAGAACUUUCAUUGCCGAAAAUAUGGAUGCAUGGAUUUUGUGCAAAUGUAUGAAACAAACGACAAGCAAUUAACGCGGAUUGCCGAAGAAAGACAUUCGUCGCAUCAGACUGAAUGGACUAAAGGUUUAUUGAUGGCGCUUGACUAGGCUACCAGAUUUAAAUCAACAAAAGUUCAUUUUUAUUUGUAUCAUAUUUGUGAGCUUCUGAGUCAUUUGGAAUCGCCCGUUUCAGAUGUUUUUUUUUUUUAACCAUCUCGCGGAUGUGAUUCUGCCUGUUUACAAGGCAAUUGACUUUACCAUAUCAUUGUCGUUUUGAAAGGCAAGGACAUAUUUCCAAUUGGCCUACAUACUGUGGCCUUUACACAUCAUAUGUCACUACUGAGUUGAACGUAAUCUGUCAGUAUGUCGGCGGUAAUGAUUGCAAGGAAGGUACGAAAAUGGGAAAAGCUCCCGGGGAAAAACUCUUUCUGCUGCGAUGGACGGGUAAUGAUGGCCCGGCAGAAAGGCGUCUUCUAUCUAACCGUAUUUCUCAUCGUCGGCACCUGCUCCCUGUUCUUCGCAUUCGAAUGCCCAUACCUGGCAACCCACCUGUCCCCUGCCAUCCCCGUCUUCGCUGUGGUCCUCUUCCUCUUUGUCAUGGCCAUGCUGCUAAGGACCAGCUUCAGUGACCCGGGGGUGUUGCCGCGCGCCCUCCCCGAGGAGGCCUCCUUCAUUGAGAUGGAAAUUGAGGCGGCUAAUGGAAACGUCCCGGCUGGGCAGCGGCCUCCACCUCGGAUCCGCAACGUCCAAAUCAACGGGCAGAUCGUCAAACUGAAGUAUUGCCACACCUGCAAGAUCUUCCGACCGCCUCGCGCCUCACACUGCAGUAUCUGUGACAACUGUGUGGAUCGUUUUGACCAUCACUGCCCCUGGGUGGGCAACUGUGUGGGCAAGAGGAACUACCGCUACUUCUACCUGUUCACUCUGUCCCUGUCCCUGCUUACCAUCUACAUCUUCACCUUCGCCAUCGUACACGUGGUGAUGCGCUCGGUGGACUCUGGGUUUGUGAAGACACUACAAGACACACCUGGGACUGUGCUGGAAGUGUUGGUGUGUUUCUUCACCUUGUGGUCAGUAGUGGGACUGACAGGCUUCCAUUCUUAUCUCAUCUCCCUCAACCAGACCACCAAUGAGGAUAUCAAAGGCUCAUGGUCGGGAAAGAACAGGCUGCAAAACCCCUACAGCCACAAGAACAUUGUCAAGAACUGCUGUGAAGUGUUAUGUGGGCCUGCAUACCCCAGUGUCUUGGACAGAAGAGGGCUGACGCAGGAUGAUUUGCCUGUUCCUGCGUCCACUGCCGCCCAGAGCAAUCCAGUGCCACAGACCAUAAAAACUACAGCUCCACUCAUCCCCAACGAGCACACCCCUGACGACACAAAGUCCAGCAUCGCAGACUCGGCCAUCUCCCACGCAGAGAAAGGAAGCCCCUCCCCCAAGGAGAAGCCGCCCACUCCCGCCAAAGUCCCCCCCCUGGCCUCACCUGAAACUGACGUGGAGGCCUCCAUCAUUAUCGCCAAGGAGAAGGCGCUCUAGCUGCGUGGUGGGAGACUCCUUCCUUGCCCCGCCCAAAGUCAGUUUAUCACUAAAACGCUCUGUCUGGACCUGUGAGGAGACACUUUAAUCAACCUCUAUAUGAGUGAAAAGCAUCUAUCUGCCUGUAAUGAGUGGGAAAUGACUGCAGGGCUCUGACUCCCUGCUCAUUCCACCAGAUAUGUAGAGUUGGUGCCCCACACCAAACACUGCCUCUCCCCUAACUCAGUGACUGCAGGACUGCUUGAUAGACAUUCACACUUCAGAAGGGUGGGGUAGGGUAUUAGGGGCAGGUGGCUCAGCACCUUUCUCGUUCCCCUGAACAUUGCGUGGAUAACCACAGAGAAUGGUGAAACUGGGAAGAACUGCGAUGUCACUGGAUGCAGAUGACUAUAUUCCCCAGGUAGUGUGAGGCUGAGGGUGUCCUAAAAUGUGCACCCUUACCCAGGCGCCUCUGGCAUAUGGCUACCUGUGGACUCGCUCUGAUUUAGUUAAUUCUACUUUUUCUGUCUUUUUUUUGUUUUAUAGCCAUGAUGACUUUUUAAAAUGUGAAAAGGCCAGUUCUAACAUACUAGCUUUUGUGUUGUAAACCCUCUUAACACAUACACACUAUUAGACCGUUCUCAUCUUCUCGACUGAACCACACGAACAGCCCCCUAUGCAAUUAAUGGCAAUGUUGGCCGUUUGGAUAAUGAAAAUAUAAGGCCUGACAACUUGUUUAGGGUGUGUUGUAACAGUACAACAUAGUGGUGAAAGGAAACAUUUACCAUGGGAGGCAAUAUGUCAGCCACCAUGUUGUCUCUUCCGGGAAGUCAAACAACAGUACCUGAUUUCCACUGAUAUUGCUGCGUCGAGUUCUAUCCUCAUUCAAAUCUCUGACUAGAUUUGUUGAGAUGAAGGUGCCACCUCGGGCUACCGUCCUUCCAUUUUUAUACUGUUAUAGCAAAAGGUCCAGUUAUUCUGGAAUAGUUAAACAUCCACAUUUGCGCUGACCAUUUGCAGGGGGUACGCUCAGUUCCUGUAUCUAGCAUUAGAAAUGGACACUUUGCCACUGUCCCCGGAGUGUGUCUGGGUAGGCGUGUGUGUCAGUGUUGGGAAUUUCAAUUCAGUCAAUUCAAGAAAGUAAAAUGAAAUAAAUGUUCCAAUAAACACCCUCUGAAUUGACUGCAUUUUUAUUGGAAACCCCAACCUGUGUCUGUGUGUGUGGUGUAUGUGUGUGACAGAGAAGGCCUGAUUGCUGCUGACAGUAGACACUAGUUACAGUGCCUUAUCGAGAAGCUGCGCUAUCACUAUAACUGUAAGGUUGUCUAUCUACAGAGAAGACCCUCAGACACCAGUUCAUGACUCGGCACUCCAAAUCGUACACGCAGACUGUCCAACGAGAAACAAAGUCGCUUUUUAUAGUUACCAAUGAGACUGCAAAAAAAAAAGAUGAAGUAAAGCCAUUGUUUAAAUGUACAUACCCGUAUGUAGGUGUUUAAAAAAAAAAAAAAAAAAAAAAAACUUGGAUCUAUUUCUGAUGAAAAGAGAAGUGACCCAGGUUGUCUGUUUUUGGAAAGUGCAUGUGUCCAGUGUUAGAUAUUUGCCUGUGUAUGAAGGCCUGCCCUGUUUCUUGCAAGUCAUGCAACUCCUGAAUUUGUCCUCCUAGCGUUCACUGUCAACUCUGUGUCCUUGCUCCAUGUCAUGAUCCAUUGAUGAGGAAAGCUUUCAUUGUUUCCACGCCUCCAUGCCUCCUCUCUUAUCCGUGACUGGCUCAUUAUCAAACCGAAAAAAAUCUAAACUGAAGCUGCUUUCUCUCUUCUCCCGUCAACACAUUCUGUUAAUUUCACACCAAAUGGAGCAGAGGAUUAUGGGGGUUUGUGAGAGGUGGGGCAAGGUGGUUGAGUAUUGCAGGUGCUUCAGUACAAGACAACUCGAAGGGACAGGAUUCACAAAGAGAUAAGUCGGUGAGACUGGCUUGCCUGACUGUUGGGGUGAUAUGUUAAACUGAUAGUGGUUGGAGAGAGUUUGUGUUACGCUUUGUGUUGUAUGCAAGGCAGAGUAAUUGUGAUGUAUACUUGUAUAGAAACAGUAUAACCACGUUGAAAGUCGUUAAUCCUUUUCAUAUGCCCAAGAUAAUUGUACCCCACGAUGAAGAGGACUGUAGAUCUGUGUCCGUCCUUUCAUUCAGACGCAAUAUCUGACUGCCAUUGGCCCUGUAUUGAUGAAACUUGGGUGAAUGAUGCAUCUUGCCAUAGAGAUCCAGUAUUUACUAAAUUAUACUGAUUGGCCUGAAGCGAAAAUGUGUUUAGUCACACGCAUUAUCUCAAUUGGCCCAAAUGAGGGCAGUGCAUCAUGUUUACUAUUGCCUUAUUUAUAUAUGAACAGAAUGAUACUGAAAUAAUCCGAUUUAAUGAAUGGAAAGGAUUGCAGAGCUACUGUAUAUGGCCAAGCAGUGUGUUUUUAUACUUUUGUUGAUUUAAUUUCACAAAGAUUCUCUUUUCUGGUGAAAACGUGUAUUUGUAUUGGAAAUGUGAGUAGGGGAGUUACUAGUUGUUUCCAUCUAGACCCUUGCAGUGUUUUUAUCACUAUUUUUUUACAUCUGGAGUAGACUAUCAAACAAUCCGGUGAAGGUCAUGGAAGAGAUUACUUUAGGGAAGGAAAGAUGAAAGCCAAAUCUAUAUUCACUUGCGUAGUCUACAGAUUCUGGAAGGAUACUUGAGCUGUUGCCCUUAGACGCCGGUCAGUGUCAGUUUAGAAUUUUCCCCACCAAUGGUCUCUGCGUCCAGUAUGAACGAAGUUGGAGGUAGUUUCGCUAGGCAAUGCUAACUAGAGUUAGCAACUUUCUUCAAACUGCACGCAGAGCCACAAAAAUGCUAUCCUUGAGUUCAUCUGACUUUGGGGAAGUAGAUAAAGGUUCCCAUUGACAAAAUCUCAAAGUAUCCCUUUAAGGUUAGGAUUGGGGGAGGGGAUGCCGAUCCUACUAUAGAUCUGUACCUAGGGGAUGUUUUACCCCAGAGCUGCUGAGAAUGUAAGCCGCCUUCUGAAAUGGACAACAAAUGGAUGUUUUAAUCAAAUAGUGCUGUACAGUAUUUCCUGAAUGUGUGUGUGUGUAUUGAGAAGGCCUUUCAGGAUUUUUUUUUUUACAUCUAUUUUUGUCUUUCGGAGCAGUUGUUAGGUCUACCCUCAAACCAAUCCUAUCAAUUUAAGUUGAUUCGGUCCCCCCCCUGAAUAGUAUUCUGUUCUAGCCAGUUGUAAAAAUUCUCUCUCCGUAGAUAACUGUGCUGCUGCAUUGCUGUCAAUGGAAAGUGUGACUGUAUUGGUGAUUGUGAUUUAACAAAUGAAAAAGGGAAUGUUCAUGUUACAGUUUAAGCUGGUUGAAAGAUAAUUGAAGGAAUUGGACCCUUGUACUAUUAAUGUUAUCGUUAUGGGCAUAUAGUAAGUGUCGAUACAAUGACUUGGGAAGUUUGGACUUUUUUCUCUCAAUGUUUGGAUGUAUGAUUUUUGAUUUAUAAUGUGAAAAGUACGUGACGAGGGUCUCCGAUCUGAAUGCUCUGAUCUACAUAACACCGUACUUAAUGCAGUAGAUACAAUACCACUGAUGGACUAAUAUUUAUGUUCACAUUGUUUAGUAAUAACAUUGUGAUUACGUAUAUUUCAUGGUAUUUCUCACUUCUUUUUACAUGAUUGAUUGACAUGUCUGGUAAUUGAAUGAUGUUGUCAUUAUUAUUAAUCAUCUUGUCUCUGAAUUAUUGCAUGGAAAGGAUUUUGACCGCUGACUGCCAAAUAAUAUCUGUCAAAUACUUUUCAUACAUGGAGGGACCAGGAAAUCUGGUCACAAUACACACAGUGGAAGGAUAAGAGACAUUUAAAAAACCAUGAGUAGACACAGAACCAUGAACAGAUAGUAAUUGGAUCAUCUUGAUCAGAUCGUGAGAACCAUAUGUUAAUGCAAGGUGCAACCAGGGCUAUAAAUAGACAUUCUUUGACAUCAGCGAGAUUGACCCUCUGGUCCCCAUCUCAGUGACUAUUCACCCGCUAUUUGUUUGGAGUGGAUAUCUCAGAAAUGAAGGUGUAGCGAAGGUAUGGCUACAUCUACACCAUAUUCUGACCUGGACUUAAUUCCCUUACAUUCCACCACCUUUAUGCGUGAGAGAACCAGGAAUAUGGGGCUCUAUUCAAUCCGCAUUGUAAAAAUUCAGCUUUACAGCGUGACUGAAAUGUAAUGGCAAUGUUCCUGCUUUAGCAGAGACUGCAUUCACGGUAAAUGCUGCAUAUGUCGGCUCAAUCGGAAAUUCACUUUAGAUUUCUAGCGUGGAAUCUGUAAGCAGCUUUACAGAUUGAAUAGAGCCCAAGGUCGAGCGAACCUGACGGCUCCAAGUAGACAAAGCAUCUACUUUAUAUUUUCUGAUAGAAUAUCCAUGAACUGCAAUUUAUAAAUUGAUAAGCGCUAGGUAAAUGAGCAAUCCUUUUGGAGAAGGGGAUUGUAAAUAAACAUAGCAAUUGUU